AAUUUUUGGUCAAGUGUUAAGACGAGAGCCACAAUUCGGACCUAGUCUUGAAUAGUUCGAGUUACUAACUAUAUGUUGAAGUGUAUAUAAAUUUAUACUAAAUUUUUCCUAUUCAACGUCAAAAAAGUGUCGGUAGUGCGGAAUUUUAACAGUGAAUUGAGUAAUAUUUUGUAAUCUAAAUAUAUGACUAAGCAGUGCUGUUCGGCACUUCUCCCACCAACGUAGUUACAGAAGAGGAAAUGAAUAAUAAUAUUGUAAAAUAAUGACAAUAUCAAUGAAAGAACAGGAUCAGAUGCCCGGGGAGAUUACUUUCCCUGAGGCCAAAUUAAAAGCACUUGAGGAAAAAAUAUCACAUCCCAGAUGGGUGGUACCAGUGUUACCAGAGCAGGAAUUGGAGGUGCUUCUUAUUGCUGCAACCGAAUUGGCGGCGAGGGGUGAAGAUGAGAACAACGUGGCUUGUCAACGGUUCUACAAUGAUGCCCUCACAGUCUCGUUUACAAAGAUACUGACCGACGAUGCUGUGUCCUCCUGGAAAAAUAACAUCCAGCAAUGUGUGCGAUCCAAUUGCGAGAAGUUGGUCAAACUGUGUGCGAUGAAAUUAAAUGAUCCUAGAUUCCUGCAUUUAUUGUCUAUGGCCUUUAAUCCCAACAACAAAUUUCACACUUUUAAUGCAUCGCGUACCUGUGAGGGAUUGUCAGCAACCAUCAACUUACCCACUGCUGGUCAAGGAUCCACACAGGAGCCGGAAGUAUUUAGUAGAUCGCAAGACCAUAGAACUCCUAGAGGGUGGCUGGUUCAUCUUAUCAAUGUAUUUGGUCACGCUGGCGGUUUUGUUAAACUGCGUGAACGAUUUGAAGAAAUAAUGGGUUUUCAAAAAUUGGAAAUCACAGCAUCUGUUAACUCGGAAGAAAAAGUUUCGACAGAGACUACUGAAAAAGAUAACGAAGAGAAGACAAAUAAUGAAACUAACCACAGUGUUCCUAAUUGUCUUAUGAUCGCAGAAAAUAGUGAGAUCUCUUCCGGCGUGAGGAGCGAGCAGCCCUCGUCGCUGGAACAAUCCACCAGCGGCGAGACUCGCGUCGCCGCCGUGUGGCAACUGCUGCGUCCUCUCGGUCUUUGUCACGACCUCUUAACUCCACACACAGUCACCACAUAUCUCUUGCCUGUUCUGGAAUGUAUCCCUACUCUACUGGACAGCCUAACAGAUGAAGAGCUGAAAAAAGAAGCGCGGGGAAGCGAGAAUAAGACUGACACGGUAUCCUGUUUAAUAAGAGCUUGCAAAUGCGUCUCAAUAAAGACCCCACAUCACCACAGUUUGCUUAAAUCUUUGGAAAUGUUUCGCCUGAAAAUGAUACUUCGUUUGCUACAAAUGUCGUCAUUCAAUGGUAAAAUGUCGGCCCUCAAUGAAAUCAAUCAAUUAAUCAGUACCAUGUCCCAGCAACCAAAGCCGGAGUGGUUGACGCCUGCGGUGAUUACAACCUGGAUACGAGAAAACAAGGUAGUUGAUAUAGUGUUGCGAGACUCCCUCCACCAGCCACAGUACGUCGACCGACUGGAGAAGAUGCUUAGGUUUAUGAUAAAAGAGAACUCCCUGACCAGGGAGGACUUGGAUGCCAUAUGGAAAGCGCAGCACGGAAAACAUGAAGCUAUUGUAAAAAAUUUACACGACUUACUCGCAAAACUUGCUUGGGAUUUCACACCGGAUCAACUUGAUCAUCUUUUUGACUGUUUUAAGGCGAGUUGGGCGACGUCUAGUAAGAAGCAAAGUGACAAAUUAUUGGAAGUAAUUCGACGACUAGCUGAGGACGAUAAAGAUGGUGUUAUGGCAAACAAGGUGCUGGUACUAUUUUGGAAUUUGGCACAUUCUGACGAAGUAUGCACUGAAAUAAUGGAUGUGGCCUUGGCAAAUCUAAUAAAAAUCCUAGAUUAUAGUUGUAGUCAAGAUCGUGACGCUCAGAAAACGCUUUGGUUAGACAAAUGUGUGGAGGAACUGAAAAGUAACGAAAGAUGGGUACUGCCGGCUCUGAAGAUGAUGCGCGAGAUCUGCUGCCUGUACGAGGCGGGCGCAGGCAGCGGCGUGCGGCCGCACGUGACGCGGCAGGAGCUCAUCGACCGGCUGCAGACGCAGCACUCCCUCGUCAUCCUCGUCACCGACUCUCUCACCAACUACAUGGACGGAGUGCGGGCUAAGCUUGCCGGAGAAGGGGAAAUUGACUGGGAUAACUGGUUGCCCGAUGGCAGAUAUGCCCAUGCGGCGCAAGUUCAGGAAAGGCUGAGUUUUUUACGAUUCCUGCUCAAAGAUGGACAGUUGUGGCUUUGCGCGGAACAGGCGAAACAAAUAUGGUCGUGCCUGGCGGAGCGGCCGGCGCACCUAGGGGACCGCGAAGCCUGCUUUCGUUGGUUCAGCAAGCUGAUGGGCGAGGAACCCGAUCUAGAUCCUAAUAUCAAUUUGCAUUUUUUUCGUCGGAAUAUCAUGACUUUAUCUCCAAAUUUAUUAACACAUGCUGGCAUCAAGUGUUUCGAAAGAUUCUUCAAAGCAGUAAAUUCAAAAGAAGGAAAGCUCCGCGUGAAACGACGGAGCUUCCUGCUUAACGAUGCUGAUCUCAUAGGGUUAGAUUAUUUGUGGAGGGUGAUAACGGAGUGCGAGGACGAGAUCUCCGCGCGCGGGAUCGAGCUGCUGCGCGAGGUGUGCACGUGCGUGAGCGGCGCGGUGGCGCCCGCCACGCACCACGAGGCCUUCCUCACGCAGUGCUGCGCGCGCACGCAGCUCCUUCAGACGGAUAUCAACCUCAACGAAGAUGCGACUGAAAGUUGUACUAGAAUGUGUAGAGUCAUUCGUGCCAUACAGGAAUAUAUAAAUGAAUGUGAUAGAAGGUUUUCAGCAGAGAGGCAAAUAUUACCGAUGUACAGAUCUGGUAGGGGCCGACAAUGCACCAUUAUAGUCAGAUUUAAUUUUCAAACUGGCCAAAGACAACUCGAUGAUAUCGAGCUAUUUUCACACUUUAACGAGGCUUUAUACUCGUUGCGAGCGGCAAUCCAAAGAAGGUUAAAAUGUGCUUCAGACACUAAUACAAAAUUAGAAUUGUUUGUAAAUAAGGUAGAACUAUAUUUAAAUGGCGAACUCUUAGAUUCGUCCCACGAUCGUAAAAUUCUUUCUCAAAUUCCCGUCCGGGACAAAACUGUGAUCGUCGCCAAAGUGUAUGACGGCCACCUGCCCACGUGCGGCAGCGACUCUAGCAGCGACUCCAGCACGUCGUCGCCGCCCGCGCCGCCCACGCCUGAGCACGCCUUGCCCGGAGUGCUUUUUGCGCAAGGUACUUGGUAUAUACCAUUCAUAUUGGAACUGGAACAUGUUGGCGUUUUGAAAAAACAUCCCCAAUUAAUGGAAGCUGCUCAUCUACUCUCCCAAAUUUGCCCGGCACACAAACUUACGGUGGAUAAGCUGACGGAGGCUUUACUCAGUCGCGAGGAUGCCAAGUUAAGGGACAUGCUAUACGGGCCUGCGCCGCCCACAGUCGCGUACAACGUCGAGGUGCUUUACAGUAUGGUGAUGCCGUCCUCGGACACCAGACUAGAUCGCAGUCGCAGUUUCCAACUGGCCUGUGUUAAAAAGGCACCUUUAUUAAUUCAGUGUUUGUCUGACAAAGACUUUCUACAAGGAGCUUCGUCUCACACAAGAAGGGUGGGCUAUCUAUCUUUAGUCAGAUUGGCUAAACUAGUCUUAUACACAUUGGGCCACCUCUUCGAAAUAUUGGCUCCGGAUGGCUCAGAUACAUCAGUUGACAAAGACUUUAGAAUGGACGUAACUAUUUUACGCGAAGCACUUCAAACAGUGCCCAGCCACAACUGCGAAUUGAUAGUGAAAGCGAUUGCCGAGAAACUGGCCAACACUCUGGGCGAGCAGGUGGUGAAUAGUACAGAAGACAGCGACGUAGUGUCUUCGUUGGUGUGGUGGUGCGUACCCACGACGGCCACAGUGCGCGCUCUCUACGGGCUGGCUUUCUCCGUCGCGCAGCCCGUCGACGCCAACAGCGCUGUUCAUCCCGACGACGUCACAUUGGUACGAGAAUGUAUGGAGGUAGUCACAAUAUGCCUGGCUCUUGGCGGAGGAAGGCUGGAAGCUUUAUUGAACGAGUCAUGGUGGCAAGACACGGCGUUGUACUUGAUGAUCGACUGUCCUAAUCCUCAGGUGCGCGUGUCGUGCGCGGAGCAGUUGUUAUCAAUGUGCGCGUGGGGCGGCGGCGGCGGCGCGCGCGCCGCGUUGGAGGCGCUCGGCGGCGUGGUGGGCGAGCCGGGCGGCUCGCGCCUGCAGCGCCACGCGCGACACGCCCAGCAGUUCCUGCAGCUGCUGUGCAGGCUCGUCUCGCUCGCCGGACCCACUUCCAGGACGCUCGAAGACCUAGCUAUUGAAGUGGCGUGGUUGAGAUCAGUGCGAGCUAAUCCAGAAAUACUCGAUGAUACGUUGCUGGAGGGACACCUUAAUUUAACCAAAGAAUUAUUCACACACGUUCCGGCACAAGUCAAGUACCAAUAUGGAGCGCAUCCUGAACACAAGGAUAGAGGUCUAAUUAGGGAAGUGACAACAGAAUUCCUGUGGCCGUACUCAUGGGCGUGGUGCCGUAUGGGGGACGGCGACAACUCGGGCGGGGACUCGGGCGAGCCGGCGCCGCCGCUGUGCCGCUCGCCCGGCGCCGCCGCCGCCGCCACCGAGCUGCUGCUCGCGCUGGUGCACGGCUGCGUGCCCAACAUGGCUGAGCUCGCGCAUCUACUCGAGCUCAUGUUUUAUAGUGACAAGAACGUGCCGCUGGUGGAGUGGGAGUAUAUGCCGUGCGUGGGGCCGCGGCCGGCGGCGGGGCUGGCGGGGCUCAAGAACGCCGGCGCCACCUGCUACAUGAACUCUGUGCUGCAGCAGCUCUACUGCGUGCGGGACGUGCGCGACGCGAUACUCACCGUCCAAGGAGCGGCAACUGAUCCUAACGAAGAUUUCUCUGGGGAGAAUCAACACUCUAUUGUAGAGAAAGUGGAGACUUCUGGCGACUACAACAUCACAAUCUUGAAACAAGUCCAAGCUAUAUUCGCACAUUUGCAUUUCAGUAAACUGCAAUAUUAUGUGCCAAGAGGGUUGUGGGCUCAUUUUAGACUUCAAGGUGAGCCAGUAAAUCUCCGAGAACAACAAGAUGCUGUAGAGUUUUUCAUGUCCCUUGUGGAAUCAUUAGAUGAAGCUUUGAAAUCAUUGGGACAAGAACAACUGAUGGCCAGAACUUUAGGCGGUACUUACUCAGAUCAAAAAAUCUGUAAAGGAUGCCCACACAGGUACUGCAAAGAAGAACCUUUCAGCGUAGUGUCUUUAGACAUAAGAAAUAUGUCACGGCUUCAAGAAUCUCUAGAAGCAUAUGUGCGAGGCGAACUUUUAGAAGGCGCUGACGCUUACCACUGUGAUAAGUGUAACAAGAAGGUUGUAACCGUAAAAAGGUUAUGUUUAAACAAAUUACCCCCAGUUCUAGUCAUACAACUUAAAAGAUUUGAAUACGACUUCGAAAAAGUUUGCGCGAUCAAAUUCAAUGAUUACUUUGAGUUUCCGAGAGAGUUGGAUGUUGAGCCGUAUACAGCUCGAGGUCUAGCACGCGCGGAGGGCGACGCCUCGCUCUGGGAGGGAGGCGACGAACGGUCGCCCGAGACUCACUAUCAGCUGAGCGGCAUUGUUGUGCACUCGGGACAAGCUUCCGGGGGCCACUAUUAUUCAUACGUGCUCUUGCGAGACAAUGGCAGUGAAACAGGACGGUGGGUGAAACUGGACGACGGCGACGUGACCGAGUGCGCGAUGCACGACGACGAGGAGAUGAAGGCGCAGUGCUUCGGCGGCGAGUACACGGGCGAGAUAUUUGAUCCGAUGUUAAAGAGGGUGUCUUAUAAACGCCAAAAGAGAUGGUGGAAUGCAUACAUACUAUUCUACACGAGGAAAGACACCAUUGAAAAUACUAGUCUUGUGCAGUCAAUGAGAAAUAUGAAUUUCAAGGAAAGUGCAAUUCCUCGACCUAUCUGGUUGUCAGUCCGUCGCAGCAAUAUUGCUUUUUCUCACAAUCAAGAUCAAUUUAGUUUGGAGCAUUUCAAUUUUAUGAAAAAGCUGUGCUUCUUGAGGUUACAAGUGCCGCCUGGUACGACAAAUGCUAUUUGGGGCCCAGAACACGAAGAGAUGUCUAUGCUUACAGUACAGCUAGCAACAAAAUUCUUGUUCCAAGUUGGGUUCCACACAAAGAAGACUCUUCGAGGGCCUGCGUCAGAUUGGCACGACAUAUUAUGUCAGCACCUACGAUGUUCCCAAGUGGUCAGGUCGUGGUUUGCGACAGAUCUCUUCAAGCAUCCGCACAGAUUAUGCGACUACCUACUGUCGUGUCCAUCUGCUGAAGUAAGAGUAGUUUUCAUGAAAAUAAUUGUGCUCCUGGCUCACUUCUCAAUCCAAGACCCACCGGUGAACAGCGGCUACGGGUCUUGGACGUCGCGCGACGAGGUGACGUCGCUCUCGGACCAGGUGCUGACGGCGGCGCGCGCGCUAGCCGCGCCUCACCACGCCGACUCGCAGGCGCACCGCCACCUGCCCCUGCUCUUCAAUCUGUUCCACGCCUACUCCGUGCUCGGCAUUAACGAGCGCCAUCAGCUCUUACGGUUACGAAUACUGGAUAUAGUUUUGUCCGUAUGCAUGGACGAUUCAUCAUCGUCACUGGGAAAAUACCAAUAUCCGGAAUCUGCCAAGAUACACCAGCUGGUGUCACUGCUGGUGCGGUGUUGCGACGUGAGCGCGCGCUGCCAGUCGGCAAACGUGGCGGAGGGUGCGCCCCCACUGCCGAACCCCUUCUGUGACCCGCCGCCCACCGUCACCGCCGCCUCCAACGUGCACAGGCCACUCCUCUCCGCUCCUGCUGCUGACAUACUGUAUAACAGGACUGGGACUUACAUGAAGAAAUUGACAGAAGAGUGUUGCGUGUGCGAGGAGAGCAUACGACUGCUGCAGUUCCUCUGCUGGGAGCACGCGGGCUGGUCGCGCAUGGCGCUGGCCGAGCUGCUGUGGCAGAUGGCGUACGCGUACUGCCACGAGCUGCGCCGCCACUCGGAUGCGCUCACCGCGCUGCUGCUCAUGGAGGACAGCUGGCAGCAGCACCGCAUACACAAUGUCAUCAAGGGCGUUUCUGAAGAGCGGCCUGGUCUGCUGGAGACGGCUUCGCGCGCGCGGGGGCAUUACCAGAAGCGCGCGUACGCGUGCGUGAAGCUGGUGGUGGGCGUGAUGUGCCGCGCGCCCAGCGCCGUGCGAGCCGUGCACGCGCAGCCGGAGGCGCGCCGGCGCUGGCGGCAGCUGCUCGCCUGGCUGCAGGAUGAACUAGACCGCAAAUAUGGACCUGGAGGAUACGGGUCGUAUGGCACGUGGUCACCGCCGGGUACAUCCAAUGAAACAUCUAGUGGAUAUUUCCUAGAAAGAAGCAAUUCGGCUCGGAAAACGCUCGAAAAAGCUUACCAACUGUACCCUGAGGAUGAAGACGAAGAAGAGGAGUCCCGAGAGAACGUGGAGGGCGAGGUAGAGGUGGUAGCGGGCAUGGAGAGCGGCGACGAAGAACCCGCGGUCGACGUGGAGGCGGGGUCGCCGUCCGCGCCUGUGCCCUCCGCCGCGCCAGCGUCGCCCGUGUCGCCCACAUCGCCCUGGUCUCCGACCGCGCUCGACGCGCCCGACACGCUCGCCGCGCCCACCACGCCGGCCGCCACGGUGUCGCCGCUCACGCCGGCCGGCCCUUCCGCCCGCGACCCGCACGCGGCUAUUUGAGCUCCGCCCCCGCUGCUGCGCGGCUCGGAGUCACCUUCGCCGCCGCCUCUGCCUCCGCGGAAGCCGUCCUCAAAUCGCCGACCGCCUCCUCCGGUCCCCCGACGAACGGCUUCGCCCGUCCGCGAACUACAAGUAUUUAUUUUGCUUCUACAGAUUUUGUACAUAGCCGCGGGGACGGCUCGACCUACGCGUCCGUAGUGGUCUCGGACCCCAGGAUCAUAUGCUUAGCCGUAGCUUCGUUCUGUGAUGUUAACGAUAUGUGUAAAGUUCGUUCAAAAGGGCAUUUAUAAUUAAGUAUUAAAACAAAUAUUGUUUCUCGCCCUGAAAUGUACAGAAGGUGUCCCAGACGACCAGUCGAGUUGUUCACGAAGUGAUCAUCGCCGUUUCUUUACGCAUUUAGCAUUGUCGUCGUCGUAGUGACACUUUAAUUUUUGUUAUUUAACGUCGCGCUUAUAAAGUACCAUAGUAUUUAUUACUCUCUAAUUAAGGUUAUAUUAAUUCAUAUUUUUUGCUUUCAUAGUGACCUACGUAUAUUAUAUUAAUAUCUUAAUUUAAUGUAAAGUUGAAUACGUUCACUGUCUAGAUUUAAAUGGAAAAUAGUUUACAGUGGAUUCCAGAACUAAUAAAACUAACGUUGGAAGGUGAGUGUUUUUACUGAUAUUAGGUAGGUACCCAGUUAUGGUAUAAAUCUUACACCUUAAUAUGAAUUAGGAACUUUUAUUGGCAUGGUUCUAUAUUCUCUCAUUUAUAAUUUUACCGAAUUAAUGUUAGGGCGCUCGCCCACGGCGACUUUUUGUAGACACACAAAAUAUUUUCUCAAACUGCUGAAAUAUUUUUUUGUCAUUCUGGAAUCUACUGUAAUUGAAAUGUUAAAACCUCAAUUUAAUCUCAAGGGACAUUAUGUGCAAGCCACUUAAAUGGAAGUGAUAGUCAGUCUGCUUUCCUUUAUAUUACCGAACUAUUUUUUUUAUAAUAUAACCUAUGUGGAUGUACCAGAUUGCCAAAAACCUUAAAUUUUUUGCAGUGCGAGUUUGGUAUAUCUGACAUUUGCAAAACGAGAAUUUGAAGUGUAAAUGUGCUUUUCUGGAAGAGAAAAGCAUAGUUGAUAUAUCCAUUUCCAAAAAUGUUACCGACAAACCAUCUCACUUGAGAUAUGUUCAAUAGCAGAUGUACUGUUCAACUUAAAAAUUAUCAUACAAGGGAAUUUUAUAAAGUUAUUAAAUUAAAUACUAAGAUAUCCAAAAAAAGUCACAUGACUUCACACCUCUUCUAAUUUGUACUGCUUAGAGUGGUAUUCCAACUGUUCAAUUUCUUUGUCAUAUGUUAUUGCGCCUCACUCUCUCAUUAAGCUAAAUGUGAGAUGCAAUACACAUUGGACAGAUGGAAUACCACCCUUACAUAUUCCGCAAAGUAAUAGAGGUCUUUACACGUACACAUUUGAACAUGAUGUAAUGAGCCCUAAAAAUCGCUUGCGAUCAUGCAGCAUAAUUUGUACCAGCAGCUCCUAGUUACAGCGAAUAAGAGAACAUAAACUAAACAUUGAUUUAUCAUUAUCACCCGAUACGCACAUCUAAGUGAAAGCAUGCCGUAGGCGAUUAAUAAGGAUACUUUUUUUUUACUGAUACUUCAAUAACCCAUCAUGUUUCAAGUAGUUUUCAUUCCGUAAAAAAUAUGUCGCAUUUCUUUGAACAUAGUGUUCGUGUUCUUUCCUCGCAAAGCUUGCAGUACAGCCGUUAUACUAGGCAGGCACAGCUUGUUACAACUUAUUUUAGAUAAGUUGAAAAGGGAUUUUCAAUAAUUGUUUGUAUUUGCAUUUUUACGACUAUCGUUUUAUUAGGAUCUUGUUUGUUGUAAUUUGUACAUGUCAAUAGUCAUAUUUACACAAACACUCUCAUUUAACUCACAUUUAUAGACGGGUCUAUCGCGAAUUUAUUUUAUUACCUUUAUUUACCGACGCGACGUCCGAGAACCGUUUUAUUCGCGAUAGACCCGUCUAUAAAUGUAAGUUAAUAUGUGUUGCAAACGCGAUACUUUUAAAUAUUAUACUCUCAUAGUUAAAAUGUAUAAAGCAAGGGCAUAAUCACUAUGGUAUUCCGAUUAGGGAAAACGUAUUAAGUAUUCUUUGCGUCAAAAAUUUCGACAGAAACACAUCGAGUUUACGUUUUACUUAACAGACCUGCAAGAAGAGUACAGUAAGCAAUAAAAGUGUGUCACAAAAAAAAUGUCAAUAAUUUGUUUUUAAUAAGUAAACGAUAAUGAUUAUACCCUAUUUUCACGUAUCACUAUUUUCGUUACAGCUGUAAAUAUGAGUUGAUGGGAAAAAGUAUCUUUCGGCGAAAUGGAAAUACUAAUAAUAUUUAUGUUAACUAAUAGAGUCGGACCUAGCUGACUAUGCAUGCCAUUUGCAAUGUGAAAGUGUGGCAAUGUCAGAUUUAUAUGAUAAUAUGACGUUUAUAAUGACACUACCCCACUUUGUUCUAUUUAAGUUGGUGCAAAGUUAGCUUAGACUGACUCUAACUGCGUAAGAGUAUGUGAUUGAGUGCGGUUUAUUCAUUUUAUAUUUGUGCCAUUUCUUAUAUUCCUAGGAGGGUGCUAAUUCGCGAUAAUGAUGUAAUGUGUUUGGUUAAUCCAGGCACUUAAUGUAUUUGUCUUUUUAGCAGAUUUAGGAGGACUAUUGAUGAAACGAAGAGAAGUUAGAUUAGGAAUAAAAAAUGAUAAACUAGAAAUCAAAUUUAUAAUUUAAUGUUUCCAUUUACCUUUUUAUCCAUCUCACUAUCACAUUUAACUAUUAGAACAUCACUCUACAUUUUAUAAGAAUAAUCGAAAUGAAAAAAUCCGUAAGUUUUUGUUAACCAGUAGUAUUCAGUUUAAGCUAACUUUUAAAUUUAAUAGAGUAAAAAACACACUUGUAUCGAACCUUCAUUACGUUCCCGUACUGGACUAAAAGCACAACAACUUGGCAUUUUUGCCAUUGAAAAAGUGAGUUGUAGAACACCUGAAGUGGUUAUAGUACAGUCAUUAUAGUUUUUACCCGUGAAUAAUUAGUUCUUGGCUUUUUUUUUCGUAGGUCCCUCGGGGGGGUCACUGGGAGUGUAAAUUCAAAAAGUAGACUGAAUCAGGCUCCUGCGUAUAUUCGAAAAAUGUUUUUUUUUUUUUUUUUUAAAAAAACGGUUUUUCUUGAAUAACUCGGCCAUUUUUGAUUUUACAGUAAAACCGUGAGGACAAAAAUUGUAGGAAAUUUGAUUCUCUACAAGUUUGUUUCUCUUCAUUUAUGCCGUAAAAAUUUGAUUCUCUACAACUUUGUUUCUCUUCAUUUAUGCCGUAAAGCGUGGAACAUAGGAGAUAAUGAUAAUAUUUUGAAUUUGUCGCGUUUUUCAGGUUUAAUUUCUAAAAUAUCGAUUUUAGGGGUAAAAAGGUGGGAACCAAAAUUGUUCAGAAUUUGAUUCUCUACAAGUUUAGUCCUUCAUUUAUGCCGUAAAGUUGAAAAUAAACGUGAUGAUGAAAAUAUUUUGAAUUUGUCGCUUUUUUCAAAUUUAAUUUCCAAAAUAUCGAUCCUAGAAGAAAAAUUGUGAGGACCAAACUUGUAGCGAAUCAAAUUUCCUACACUUUUUGUCCUCACGGUUUUACUGUAAAAUCUAAAAUGGCCAAGUUAUUCAAGAAAAACCGUUUUUCGAAUAUACACAGGAGCCUGAUUCAGUCUACUUUUUGAAUUUACACUCCCAGUGACCCCCCCGAGGGACCCACGAAAAAAAAUUUUUAAUUAUAAUUAUUUAAUUAGGCAUUGGAUCUUAAAUAAAUAAAUCACACCAAUAAUUUUGACGAUUCAAAAAGAGCAGCUGAUUUCUAGUCUAGGCUUUUUACCAACUAACAUGAAGGAUAAAAUGCAACUUAGCACACUGAUUUCAAAGAAUAAAGAGAACCUUUCUCAGUUGGUAUGGUGAAAAUAUUUGUAGGUAUGAUCAUGAUCAAUAGGGUUGCAAAUUAAUAGUCAUAGACAUAAUACAUUGUAAAAUUCAGUGGACCCCGAUUACCUUUCCGAUGAGUUAUGUCAUUGAAUGAUAUCAUACAUGUUUCGUAAGUGGAAAGGCGACAGGAAGGAAACAGUUAUGUCGUUAUGUCCUAUUUUAACCGUAGUGUUUGAUUCAACGUUAUCAAAAUACCCAACGCAGCAAUUUUUAAGUACGUAACCGGGACAGUCUGGAAUUCUAACGUAUAUUUCCACUUGAUUAGGUAACAAUAAAAACGAAUGUUAAUAUAUUUAUUUAUGUCUUUAAUACGACUUGUUUAUAUUUGUAUGUAUUAAAUUGACAUUAUUGCGAUUAAAAUUAGAAAUUGCAUUUUUCCUAAUUGUAACCGCAACAAUACAUAAAAAUAAUUAACAAAUCACCGUGUUGAGGCACCUAUCUCAAAUGCUAAUUGUUAUGUAGCGUUUAAAAACAAUCUGAUUCUUGCAUUAUAUUUUAUUGAAAAUUUGGAGUUUAAUAUUAGCAAUCCGAGAAGCUGCUAAUAGAUAAUACUCAUUACCAACAGAGUUACCCAGUUGUAUGUAUCGUAAACUCGCUCUACAUUGGCUAUCAUGCUAAACAUUGUCUGCUAUAAAAAUCAGUGAUUCUCUACCAAACACCUGUGUUCAUCUUGUCCCUACUAUAUUAUAAAUGCAAAAGUAACUCGUGUCGUUCUGUCGGAUACCUCGACACUUUUAUACCGCUCGACCGAUUUAGAUGCAAUGUGAUAUAUGUAGAUAACUUGUGGCCCGGUAAAGGACGGGAAAUAAUCAGUUACCAUCAUCAAUCCACGCAGAUGAAGUUGCGGGCAGAAGGCUAGUUCAUAAUGAUGCAAGAAAGGCGACCAUUACUACAAAUUAAAUAACAUCAGCUGUUUCGUAGAGAUCACUGUUUUUACUAGGCAAAACUUGGCAUAAAUGAAUUUUUCAUUUCGUAAGUGUAAACCUGCUAAAUACAUUUAUGAAAUUAAUUAAUUUUUAAAUUUAAUAUCUAUCUAAGUAGGUACAAUAUUCUCUGUUUUUAAAAUAUAUUUAGCAGGUUUACACUCGACAACGAUUUGUGCUUUUGCCGGACACUUUCUGCCAUCAUGAUGCUAUUAUGGGACCGGAAAAAAUUAAUAACAUUUAUACAGAUGUAGUGCAUAAUUAUUUUCCAUGGUAUUUUCACGGAAACGUACGAACGUGUCUUGCUAUUUCAGUCAGUCUCGGUACAAAAAGUACUGGCGUUGACUCUUCAGUCAAUGUCAUGCAUGCACAAAACGAACAUUUCCGAGAAAAUACGAUGGAAAACAAUUAUGUACUACAUCUGUACCUCUCUGUCGUUCACAGCGGAAAAUGUCCUUAAAAGGAAGUCUGAACAUAAGAAAAUAAGUGUUUUUAAAAAUAACAUGUUUGGCAGAUAACUAAGGGGUAGGUAUCUUUGUACUCGGGGGUUGGUCAUUGCUGAGCAAUCGACAACUAUAAAAUAAAAGUGUAGAGUUUUAAAACAUUGGUCUGUUGAUUCAGGUGGACUAUUCGAUACUUUCUAGCCUUCUCGUCUAUUGUCGCAUUUCCGAGCAGUUGCGUGAAAAAGUUUUGCUUUAUACGAAUAUUUUCAUAAUCAUCAAAGCCCGUGACUAUCCUAUCCUGCGCGAAUUUGCGCGCUAUGAUUAUGGCACAGAAAUAAUGGUAAAAGUUAAUCUUUAAAUGACUAUAAAAUAAUUAGUUUAAAUCUCAUACAAUAUAUAGGUACUAAGUAUUGUAAAUGACUAGUCGUACAGGAAAGUUUUGCCACUGUCAUUGUUCUGCUUUGUUAUAAGGUUAAUAAUUAGUAAGUAAUUUAACUAUUGUUUUAUAAAUCUUCCUCUUAUUCUCUCACUCUACCAGCUAGUGAUAUAACUUUGACAUCAUCUUUGGGUAUCAGGGCGAAAGGUAGAUACGUUAGCGUGUUUAUAAUAUAUAUACCUACCCAUGAACACAACUUCAAGUCACUAGUCCACAGUCAGGUGACAGUACCACACAUUUUUUCUCUUAAUGUGUUAUUAUUUUUUGUAAUUAAACAUUUUAUAAUAUGUAUUAACAGUUGUAAUGUAAUUUUAGUCUUGUUGACUGUGUGCCUUAUUUAACAUUCAGUUGCUAACCUAUUCUCCAACUGGUAAUAGCCUGUGAAUUUAUAUUUGCAGCCAUCACUUUUUUUUGCUUUUACUACUCUGGUCAUGGUUUAUUGGUAUCCAAACAUGUUCGUUGAAAUAUCAAAUAGGUUGGUGGUUGAUUGCUUCAGUAACGCAUUGUAAUUAUCUGUUUUGACAGCAAUAUGACUGUUUAUGUAAUUCAUAACUGGUUAUAAAAAGCUGUCCGUUUUAAACCAAAGAUCGAAAUAUUACACACUUAGAUUAAGGGUGGAUUCGGUGACCCGCUUUAAUAGUAAAAAAUUGAACUGUUUUGUAUUUUUUAUAGAAAGUGUGCGUUAACGAUGUUUUGUUGAAUGGAAUAAAAUGUGAUUGAUCUUAGGCUUAGAUAGGAGACAUAGUACAUGUAUGUAGAAAUCAAUGCGAAGUCUAGCAUUUACAAUAAACGAGCGAUACCUAACUUUUGCGAGUUUCAACACUUUGUAAAUAAAAAAAAUACAAUACAUUGUGUAAGUUUGAGUAAACGUGAACGAGUUUGAAACUCGUGAAUGGUCUGAUGGUCUCGCCUAAUAGACGUUAAAACUAGUGACCAAGGGUCAACAGUUUGCUGAUAAAUGUUAUAGAAAUGCCAUGCUAGGAUUCUAUGAGCAUUGAUCAAAGUCGCAGUGCUGAGGCAAACUUUACUUGGUAUAUUAUAUAAAUAUUUUAAUUUGCUUUAUUUUUAUAUGUACCUUAGGCCGCGAAGCUAGUGUCGUCUGAACAGUGUAAAAUGACUUAACUAAUAGACUUACUAUAAGAACAGUUGAGUUUUAUAUAACAUUUCUAUGGCAAAUAUGUAACGAAUAAUAUUUGAAAUUAUUAAAGAAUGUUUAAGAAUAGCAUUCUCACAGAUAUUAUAAUAUUAAAAUCAAGAAUUAAAAUUAAUUAAAUUUUA